CUUUUCUUAUUGCACAAUGAGUGACUUGGAAAUUCAUACCAAAAAAGGAUCCAAUCCAUUUGCUACAUUCUUCCAUGAGCUCUCAGACAAUCAUCAACUCCACAAGAGUCUCCUUAGCACAAGCAUUCCCUCAAAAUGUAAUGAUGGUCCAACAAUUCUGCUGAAGACAUUAUUUGUCAUGUUCAGAGAUCUGCAAACCCAGCACAAGGAGGCUAGGAUUAGCUUACAAAAUAAGCAAACAAAGUUGAACAAUUUAGUAAGUGAGCUUUGUCCUGAGUGCUCUGGUAAGACUCGGCUGAUCAUGGAAAAAGAUAAAGACUCCAGUCUACAGAUCUCUUGUGGUACUGUGGCCACGUCUCUGAGUAGUGAGCAACAGUCUGAUCUCUCAACUUCUUGUAGUUCCACAAUUCUGGGUGAAAAAACAAAGCAAAACGUGUGCUCUUCCACAAAAGAAAAUCAACUGGAAGGUGGAGUCAAACAUCCGUCCUGCAAUGCAAGUUUGACAGCUCUCAAGAGGUUACCAAAAUUCAAGGGUGGCAAAAUUUUUGAAACCAUAUAUGCUCCUGAAACACAAGACAUUGAUAUAGUAGAAUCAAUUAUUUCAGAUAAUGGUGGGCACAUUGCAGAGACAAUGGAUGCCAUCGAUGUGGCAGUUUCAGAUCCUUGCAGUGAGGAUAGCAGUGACAUUUUUGAGGAGUCCUCAGAGGAUGUUGAUGGCUUAUCUCAAUACACAAUAGUACCUGCAAAAACAAGUCCAGUGUUGGGGAAAUUCAGUUCAAGCCGAAAUUCUCCAACAUUCAUUAGUUCUUCAAGCUCUAAUGGUUUUGAAAACAAUUUAAAAAGUUUACCAUGUGCUGGAGGAUGUAUUAUCAAUGACAGGAAAAAUGAACUUCUCUCAGUUUCCCCUGGUCAGAACAGCUGCUGUACAUUGUCUCCUAGACGUGGCAUGGACAUUAGUGGCUCUCCGUCACUUCUUCAAUUGCUUCCCUGUAAAAGAAAUAUAAUUCCUAGAGAAGCAAUGAACAAUAAAACUGCGGCUGAAAUUAUUUACUCAUCUCCAAAAUCUAAGGUUGCAACUACUGCUGGCAAUAGAGAAAUUAUUCCUGGAGAUAUUUUGGCCACUGAAAAUGAGAGUUUGUUUGAGUCACGGCCUGCAAUUGAAAGGGAAAAGACUCAGCCUGCCUCUGUGGAAUCUGUUAAUUAUGAUCAACAAACAAGUCUAAAUAGUUCAGACACUGAUUCUUGCAUCAAGUCUAAAAACUGCUCUUCAAAAAGAUCUUUAUUUCAAGCAAGUUUUGAAGAAUUGGGUUCCCAAAACUUGUGUUCUAAAGAAAAUGUUUCUGAAAAUAAUAGCAUUUGUGAUCAAAUUAGCCAAAUUACUGAUCUUGAUGCAGGUGCCAGUGAAAAUGAAGGACAACUUAUAAACUCAGUUCUUAAUUCAAGCUCAGAGUUGUCAUUUGUUUCUUAUGAUUCAUCAAAGUCAAAGGAAGAAGCAAAAAGAUCAGAUGAUGUCAUUAGAAAUCAAAUUGAAACUUCCAAACAAGAACAAAAUGUGAUACACAAAAAAAUGUGUGUAAGAAAAGCAUCAAACUGCUCAGUCAUCAAAAGAAGCCGCCUCACUCGAGCCUACAGCAGCAACUGCAAUUGGAAGAAGCCGCUUAAUUCUGUUGAAGCUUCCAUCAAGAAAAACUGCAUACAGACUAAACUUACAAAAGAAAGCUUCAUUGUCUCCAAAGUCAGAGGAAAUGCAGAAGAAGAUGACAUUCAAAUCUUGGAGGCCAAGGCAAGGAGUCUUGAAACAAAAACUGUAGACGACAGGAAACGCGUGCAGCAGCAGCACCCGGCGCUGCGGGCCCUGACUUGCCACAGACUGUUGCCACCGCAGGGCGCUUCUGCUCCUGCUGGUGAUGUGGCUCACUCAUCAACUAAGCGCACGAGUGAUGCAUUAGCAGAAGGUGCAGAAUUUGCCAAGAAGUUCAAAAGCUCUUCACAUCAAGAGAAGAAACUCUCUAACUCAGGACAGGAGCUGCCGAGCAGCUGUAGUCUGCUAACUGAGAGCCAGUCUCUGGAAUACUUGCAGCUACCAAGUCAACAUCAAAUUACAGUUGAGAAUAGUCCCGCUGAAGGAAGUGUUGCAGGAACUGGCGAGGUGCAGCUUGAAACUCAGACAAACUCGUCAGGAAAAAAGUUCUUGAGCGCAGGUGCUUCAAUUUCCAAACCUGGCCCUGGACACUCGUCUUCUGGUAGCAGACCUUGCAACGUUCUGCUACAGAAAGAAUGUCGCGUUGUUAGCUCAUCAGCAACGAAUAAUGAAGCCUCGUUGUUACCUCGGGAGACGGCAGGCAAGACGAGAACAACAGGACGCCUGUCUUCUAGACUCUCUGUGGUAACAUAA